AUGUAAAGAGAAUAGGCAGUUUAAAUAGCAGGAUAGUUAUAUGAUUAUUAUACAAAAAAAGGAAGUUUGGAUAGUAAGUAUGUUUAAUAUUUUGGAUAGUUUAAUCGAUGAUGGUAAAUAAUUAUAAGAUGAUGGGAAAAUAAUAUCAGAUAUAAUAAGAAGAUGUAGAAGAAUAUAAGCAAGUGAUUGGAACUGGAUAAAAGAAAGAUUUCGAAUAAUUAUGUAUAAGAUAUUUUUGCAGUGCAAUUCCAAUAGUGAGUAUUUAAAAGAAACCAAAAUACUCAAAAAUAGUUAAUGAGAGAUUAGAAUUAGCAAGAAAAAUAUUCCGUAAAUUUGAUUCAGAUAACUCUGGUUCCAUUACAUCAGAUGAAGUACGAGGAUUGUUAAUUGAGACAUAUAAAUAGGUUGGAAUAAACAAUUAUUAACCAACAGAAUAAGAUUUGAAAGAAUGGAUGAAUAUGACAGAUACAAAUGGAGAUGGAUUAAUAAGUAUAGAAGAAUUUGAGGAUUUGGUAAUUCGAAGUUUACAAAGUUCUGGAUUAGAAAUAUAUUAGAAAUGA